AUGACGUCGAUAAACGUGGAAAAGUACAAACUGUCCGACAAAACGGCGAAACUCACGGCCAAAGACAUCAUUCCGUGCGUCCAGUCCUCGGAUUCGGCGGAGACGCGCGAGUUUCUGCACAAAAUCGCCGAGCUGCUGGUCGACUACGUGAACGUGCAGAACGAUCGGAAGGAGAAGAUCCUCGACUUCCAUCAUCCGGAGGACAUGAAGAAGCUGCUGUCGUUGGACAUCCCGGAGGAUGCGGUCACGCUGCAACAGCUGGUGAAGGACUGUGCCAUGACGCUGAAGUACCAAGUGAAGACAGGACAUCCACACUUCUUCAACCAGCUGUCGUGCGGUCUGGACGUGGUAUCGAUGGCCGGCGAGUGGCUCACGGCGACCGCCAACACCAACAUGUUCACGUACGAGAUUGCGCCGGUCUUUAUCCUGAUGGAGAAUGUGGUGCUGUCGAAGAUGCGCAAGAUUAUCGGCUGGGACGGCGGUGACUCGAUUCUCGCCCCCGGCGGCUCCAUCUCGAACCUUUACGCCUUCCUGGCCGCCCGGCACAAGAUGUUCCCGAACUACAAGGAGCACGGAGCGCGCGCCCUGCCCGGUGAGCUGGUGAUGUUCACCUCGGACCAGUGCCACUACUCGGUGAAGUCGUGCGCCGCCGUGUGCGGGCUCGGCACGGACAACUGCGUGAUGGUGCCGUCGGACGAACACGGUCGCAUCAUUCCGGCCGAACUGGAGCGGCUUAUCCUGGAGCGGAAGGCGCGGGGCCAUAUUCCAUUCUUCGUAAACGCGACCGCCGGCACGACCGUGCUCGGUGCGUUCGAUCCGAUCAAUGCCAUCGCGGACAUUUGCCAGAAGUACAACUGUUGGUUCCAUGUUGAUGCUGCUUGGGGCGGAGGACUGCUGUUGUCCAACAAGUACCGUCAUCCACGGUUCACCGGCAUCGAAAGAUGUGACUCGAUCACGUGGAACCCUCACAAGCUGAUGGGAGCGCUGCUGCAGUGUUCGACGAUUCACUUCAAGGAAGAUGGUCUCCUGAUCAGCUGCAACCAGAUGUCGGCCGAGUACCUGUUCAUGACGGACAAGCUGUACGACAUCAGCUACGACACCGGCGACAAGGUGAUCCAGUGCGGCCGGCACAACGACAUCUUCAAGCUGUGGCUCCAGUGGCGCUCGAAAGGCACGGAAGGGUUCGCUAAGCACAUGGACCACCUGAUGGAGCUGGCCGAGUACGAGGUGAAGCGCAUCCGCCAGCAGUCGGACAAGUUCCACCUGAUCAUGGAGCCGGAGUGCGUCAACGUGUCGUUCUGGUACAUCCCGAAGCGCCUGCGGGGCGUUCCGCACGACGCCAAGAAGGAGCAGGAGCUGGGCAAGAUCUGUCCGAUCAUCAAGUCGCGCAUGAUGCAGUCGGGCACGCUGAUGGUCGGCUACCAGCCGGACGACCGUCGUCCGAACUUCUUCCGCUCGAUCAUCUCGUCGGUCGCCGUCACGGAGGCGGACGUUGAUUUUAUGCUGAACGAAAUCGAUCGUCUCGGCCAGGACUUGUAAGCUGGAUUGUAGCUGAGCGAUAUCGCGCGUAGUAAGUAUAUGUAGAACCCUAUGAACUCCCGGGAUAACGCUUCCAUCACGACGACUGCCACACGGUAACGAAGCGCGAUCCUGGGACGCUGCACACCGAACCCCGGCUGUCGGGAACGGUUCACUGCGGUGGAGAAUUUUAAAUCGAAUCAACCAAUGAGUAUCAGUUAUGAAGACAUAUCAAUAUAUCUUCAACCAAUUGUUGUGUUUUAUCGCCAAACGAAACAAAACAAAAACAAAGAGAGAACCAAUGCUUUAUUUACCAACAAUCUGUGAGAUUUUUAUCGCAAUGUUCAGAGACGUUGAUUGCGUUGUUUAAUGCUGUGUUAGCUCGAUCCCUAGAUGCAUAAUACGUUAUUUACUAUGUCAAAGACAUAUCAGAUUGUUUGUUUAACUUUUGUUAACUAUCUCACGAGACUGUUAAUCUUCUUGUGACAUAACCGUUUAUUAUUCAUCUCUGUUAUUCGCUUCGUGUACUGUCCGGGCUUCGUGUACCGCGAUUUUGAAAAUGAAACAACAUUUGAACAAAAAAACAACCCCUAUUUACUAAAACCCCCCCCUCUAACUGACUGUUGCAUCCCCGCCACGACGCCGUGGGAAACAAAAUUAUAUAUACAACCAAAAACUACAAAAAAAAAAUCGCUAGAGAUAUAUAUACAUACUUAUAUAUACAAGCCGUAUAUACACGAAAUAACCCUUAUGCGGUAGCAUAUUAUACACACUCGAGAAGAAAGGAAACAUUUGAAGACACAUCCAACAGGACUUCCUAAAUCCAAGCCAUCGCGAAGCUAGCGAGUUGCAUACAGCAUACAGCGAAUUCCAGUUAACUAGAUGUUGUUUAGUUUACUUUAGAUCAGUUACAGCGAGACUUCUUGUUCGGUCGUUGAACGCAAUGGAGGCGCACGGUCCGUGUGGAUGAUGGAAAUGUAUUGCUAAUUUGAACGAUUUCAUUGCCUACGAAAUAAGUACUAACGCUCAAGAUGUACCUACGCGAAAGAAAAGAUAGCACAUAACGAUUGACGACCCAAAAACGUCACACAAGCUGGCUCACAGGAGGUGCUUAUGCUCUUGAGCUUCGUUGAACCUUUAGGGCGGACGGAAGUGGACAAACGAAACCAAUGCAUUUGAACAAUACUGAAAUUGGGGUAUGUGUAGCUGUCGCAAUAAUAGAAGUCGGCUUCGGAGUGUCAGGUAGACAGUGUGAGUAGUAAGAUACUUUAACAUAAUUACCCGUUCACACCGGACGAUCACUGAAACCAGAAGCAUUUAUGAGGCACCCUAAAGUAACGAGCUAGCAUAUACCUUUUAUGUCAUUUCACGAGCUUUUAGUUGCUUGUCGAAUGCGACAAAACAGUUUUUGUUUUACAAGUUCACCAACACUGCUGUGGGUGGUUGUAGAUUGUAACAAUGUGUAAAUAUUAGGCUUUUAGGUACGUUAACGCUUGAUGUCUCCUACCGUGGGAAGGAAUAUAAAACCAAGUGAAAGCAGGCUCAUAACAAUCCGGACCGGCUGAGACAAGAUCUGUAAUCGUGACUGAGAGAAUGUUAUCGCCAGGCGAAUGUUGUUGAAAGCUGUGUGUAUGUGUGUAGGAUGCACAUUGUAGUUUAUGGAUGAGGAGAAAGACGCUGGGAACGGUGGUGGUACAUUUGGCCCAAGUAUACCUAGGACGAAAGUGAGGUUAUUUAAAUGUUGCAAAGAAUCUAUAAAAAACGAUCGGACAACGUGGAGCGACCGGAAGGUUGCGCAAUGAUGUGUCAAAGUCGCGGUAAGGGACGAAAAGCACACUUGAUUUGCAAAACACUGGAAUUGGUUUGAAUUAAAAAUAGUUAAAACCCUAGGUUGGCCACUUUUUCCUCCUUUGCAGCUAACCACGUGACCACGUGACCACGUGCUUCGUUACUUUGCGCCAAAGAGUUUUCAAAUACCAAAAACAUGCAAGCAUUUACGUGUGUUACGUCAACGGCAUACGCUGUAGAAUCUAACUGGACUAUUUAGAUUGGGGAUUCCAGCAGAAGCUCAACCGUGAACGUGAACGAACAUAGUUGGUAUGAUUUUAGUAGUACUCUAAUUUUAAGGACUAGUGCUCUGUGAACAUUGACCACAGGCUCGACCGAGGUUGUGCAGUGAGCAGAGGAGGAGAAGAGUGCUAGUAAGAAAAAACGAAGUAAAUUGCAAACAAGCAAACAAACGACAAAAUCACAAAGUCUUCCUUCAAAUGAAAUGUUAAUUAAUCAACGAUUCAUGCUCACUCUCAGAUACUCUCGUUUGAUGGCGGUGGGAUGGCGUGGUGGCUUGCGCGAGGAGCAGGAGGGCUAGUGGGGUACGCGGCUAACCGAAGCAUGCCCGGCCCUCCAUCCACCAUCCGGCCAGCCCAUCGUCCUGUCUGUAUAUUUCAUCUCGAAAGUGAUGUGAAUCGUUUAUGUAAUGUAAUGGUCAGUGAAUUUAAAGAAAAGCAUACGCUACACAAAAAGAAGAAAAAAAAAACAAUCGUAUAUUAAAAUGUACAAUUACACAAAAAAAGUUAGUCAAGACGAACGACACUCUAUAUAGAAGAAAA